AUGCCACCACCACCACCGUACCACCAACGACAACAAUCCUCCUAUAACCACCAUAACAAUCCCAACACAAAUUCCAACAAUAAUAAUUACCAAUCCCACUCGCGAACCUCCUCCGCCACUGCCAUGGCCGCAUAUACAGCCAGCCUCACCAACCUCAACCCUUCCUCUGCCGCAACCACAUCCGCAACCUCAACCUCGCACCCUCCCGCACAACAACAAACUUCCAUGUCUACGACCAAAACACGCCAAUACGCCCAUCUACACUCACAACUUGCACAGCUUAACGCACAUUUGGCCGACAUGGAGAAUCUCACGCGCAUGACGGCGGCGCAGGCGGGCGAUAUGCGUUUUCUAGGCGGGUAUGUGGGGGCGUUGUUUAUGGGGGCGGCAAAGGUUUUGGGGGAGGAAGGGGGUGCGAAGGCCGGUGCGGCGGGUGGCAAUGGGAGUGGGAAGGGGAAAGGUGAUUAG